ACUCCCUAGUUCAUUCAAUUUCUGACCAAUUUCUCCAAAAUGUCUACUAUCAUCAUCUCAUUCUACUUGAUCUUCAUUCUCAUUCAUACUCAUCUUUCAUUCUCAACUAAUCAAUUGAACUCAUCAUCUUGCAAGAAAGGAAACCCAAUCGACGAAUGCUGGAGAUGCGAUCCCAAUUGGGAAACCAAUCGUAAGCAUCUAGCUGAUUGUUCAUUUGGAUUCGGUCGCAAUGCCAUUGGAGGUCGUGAUGGACAAUUCUACACUGUCACCGAUUCAAACAACGACAAUCCUCUCAACCCAAUUGAAGGAACACUACGAUACGCAGUCAUCCAAGACGACCCUCUAUGGAUCAUAUUUCAACAAGAUAUGACUAUACAGUUAAAGGAAGAACUUGUAAUGAAUUCGUAUAAAACAAUUGAUGGUAGAGGGUACAACAUUGAGAUAUCGAAUGGACCUUGUGUGACGAUAUGGAACGUAACAAAUGUAAUCAUACAUGGGAUUUACAUUCACAACUGUUUACCUGCUGGGAAUUCUUUGGUCAGGGAUUCAACAACUCAUUAUGGAAUGAGGGGUGUUUCAGAUGGAGAUGGAAUAUCCAUAUUCAAGUCUAGGGAUAUUUGGAUUGAUCAUUGUACCUUAGCCAGAUGUUAUGAUGGGUUGAUUGAUGCUAUUUUUGGAUCGACUGCUAUAACCAUAUCGAAUAACUACAUGUUGGAUCAUAACGAAGUUAUGUUGAUGGGUCAUAGCGAUGAAUUUGUAGAGGAUAAGAGAAUGCAAGCCACGAUUGCCUUCAAUUACUUUGGGGAAGGCCUGGUUCAAAGAAUGCCCAGGUGCAGGCAUGGAUAUUUCCACAUUAUGAACAAUGUGUAUGUUGGUUGGAAGAGUUAUGCAAUUGGAGGGAGUGCGAAUCCAACUAUCAAUAGCCAAGGGAAUAUUUUCAUCGCGUCCGAUGAUGAUUCCCUUAAAGAGGUGACAAAACGGGAAAGCCCAUUGGGAUAUGAAGAUUGGAAGAAUUGGAAUUGGAGAUCAGAAGGAGAUAUGAUGGUGAAUGGUGCUUUCUUUACACCUUCUGGACAGAAAUCAUCUGAUAAAUAUGUAAAAGCUUCAAGCAUGGUUGCUCAACCUGCUUCAAGUAUAGCAAAGAUGAUUCAACAGGCUGGUGUUCUUGAUUGUCAAAUAGGCAAGUCAUGUUAAAUUGGUUGAUUAUUUUCAAUUGUAAUGAUCAAUAUUAACUUGUAAUGAAAUGGGUAAUUGUAAUAUUAGACUAAUGAUUGCCUGAAAUUGAAGAAUCGGCAAGAACAAGACUCUGCAUUUUUUUUCCUCAAGUUAUAAGUG